CCGAUGAGCGAAGCGAGCACGGCUGUAUGCCGCGGCACGCCGGCGGGGACGGCCGGGACGACACACUGUAGGGAGAGCACUGCAGGCACGGCGACGCAGCCAGCAAGGUGACACAGGCCGCCCAGCCAGCAUGGCCAAGCACGCCGACGACGGGCUGCUCAGCCCCUACCGGCCCACCAUCGUGCCCAUCCAGGAUGAGAAGUUCGGCGGCGCGGCGCGGGGUAGCGCCGGCAAGCGGCGGCAGUACGCCACGGCCAUCAUACUGAACGUGGCGGCGCUGGCGGCGGGCUCCGUCAUGGGGUGGCCGUCGCCCGCGGGGCCCAUCCUCACCAACGCCACCACGUCCCCGCUGGACGCGGACGGCGACGGCAUCAAGGAGGUCGUGUCGCACGAGCACUUCUCGUGGCUGGCGUCCGUCAACUUCCUGGCCGGCACGCCGGGCACACUGCUGUUCGGCGCGCUGGCCGACCGCCUGGGCCGCCGCAUCGCGGGGCUGGUGGUGGCCGCGCCGUACGCGCUGUCCUGGGUCCUGGUGGCCACCACCGACUCGCUGCUGCCCCUGUACGCCGCCAGGCUGCUGGGCGGCAUCGCGUCCGGCGCCACCCUGGUCGUCAGCCCGCUGUACAUCGCCGAGACCGCCGAGGACGAGCACCGCGGCGCGCUGGGCACGUUCCUGGCCGUGGGCCUCAACACCGGCAUCCUGUUCAGCUUCGUCGUCAGCGCCUUCACGGACUACCGCGCCAUGCCGCUGGUGUGCCUGCUUCUGCCCGCCAUCUACUUCCUGUGCCUGCUGCGCCUGCCCGAGACCCCCGUGUACCUGGUGAAGCGCGGCCGGGCGGCGGCGGCGCGGCGCGCGCUGGCGUGGUACCGCGGCGGCGACGACGUGGACGCCGAGCUGGACGCGCUGCUGGCCGCGGCCAAGCGCGAGGAGUCGUCCUCGGACACCGAGACCGCCUCGCUGGCCGACCUGUUCCGGCACCGCGGCACGCGCCGCGCCCUCGUGCAGAGCCUCGUGCUCUUCGCCAACCAGCAGUUCUGCGGCGUCAUCGCCGUGCUCAACUUCACCGAGGCCAUCUUCAUGGAGGCGGGCAGCUCGCUGAGCCCCACGGCGGCGGCCAUCAUCGUGGCCGCCAUGCAGGCCGUGUGCACCUACCUGUCGUCCUUCCUGAUGGACCGCGCGGGCCGCCGGCCCCUGCUCAUCGCGUCCAACGUCGUCAUGGCGACGUGCCUCUCCACGCUGGGGGGCUGCUUCUACGCCAAGAGCAUCGGGUACGACAUCGCGGGGGUGGGGUGGCUGCCGGUGCUGGCCAUGUCGCUGUACGUGGUGGCCUUCGCCAUGGGGCUGGGCCCCGUGCCCCUCGUGCUGCUGGCCGAGACCUACGCGACGCGCGUGCGCAGCCUGGCCACCGCCGUGGGCAUCUCGGUGCAGACCGUGUCCGCCUUCCUGUGCACCAAGUUCUUCCUGAACGUCCGCAACGCCCUGGGCACGCACGGCUGCCUGUGGCUCUUCGCCGCCUUCUGCCUGGCGGGCGCGGCCUACGUGGCCGUCGCCGUGCUGGAGACCAAGGGCAAGGCGCUGGACGACAUCCUGGCCGAGUUCCACGGCGACCCCAUCGUGCGGCGCCGAGAGGAGGACGGCCUCCACAACGGCGAGGACGACGACGUGUUCGUGGCCAAGGAGGACGACGAGGAGCCCGCCGCGCCCCGCCAGCACCAGGAGACGACGACCUGAGGCGGGUCUAGGAGAUAAGCAUGACGCCACCCUGCAGUGUGGUCACCGAGGACGCCGUCCCAGUCACUUCGGAGUCCUUGCCUGCCGACUGCCAACGCGGUCCAACCGCUGCCGCGAACCGCCGAGGGAACUCGGAAGGACCUCCUGCGGGAACAUUGCCACUGCUGGGGGGCCAGGCAUCAGCCAAGUAACGCUGUGAUAGUCAUUACUCAAGUUGCCACUGUUUCCACAAGACUGAUCCCUCUCAUUAAAAUCUCCUCACCAGUCCCUGUACUGCAUCGGCAGCAACAACUAUUGCCCGACCGAACAACACGCCGACAGGCACGCUCGCGUGUUACAGUGUGUUACACGUUUGUCACGCUGAGUAACUAAUUACACGCCGAGUUCAUUGUCCCCUGAGGAGCAGGGUCGCGGCCAGAGUGCCUCUCGACUUGGCCAAGUACAAGAAGGAGGCAAGGCCAGGCAGCGCGACGCAGGCCCUCAACACGGCACGCCCUGCCGCCCUGCAGCCCUGCAGCCACGCCGACGCGCCGCUACACACUCCAAACUUGGGGCUACAACACACUAAACUAGUGUAGCCAACCAUCAGAUGGAACUGUUUCAGCGAGUAACAACCACCAGACCAAGCGCGCUGACUUUGUUACGACGGGGAAGCAUGGAACCAAAAGAAGAUGGCGCUAAAUUUAUUCAUUUUUAAAUUUACAUUCAUUAUUAAAAAAUUAUGAAAAUAUGUCAA